AGCUAGUUCCGGUGUUGACAGAGAAGAGCUGGAGGGGAGGUGGGGAUGGUGGAGCAGUGUGGCCAGCUAGGGGGUUACUGAGGCUCUGGAGAUGAGCCGGCAGGAAUCCGCCCUGUCAGGAGCUUGCUCCACUCCUGCAGCUGGAGUCUCUCCCGGUCUCUGUCCUCCCCUGGGGCAAGAGAGGUCAAACAAGCUGUUUGGGUGGGAAAAAGAGGAUGGAGGAAGUUGACAGAGUUGGGCGGGGCCCAUGGGGGGGCUGACCAGGAACCCGGCUUCCUGCUCAGUACCCUGGCACCCAGCCCCCAGCUCACCCCCACCCCGUCCAGCCCCCAUUCCCCUCAGGAACCCAAGGUUCCGGGUCCUCCUCCCAAAUUCCAGCUACUCCUCCCCAUCAGUGUCUCUUCCCCAAGUCCAGGGAUGGAGGCUGAAAGACCCCAGGAAGAAGAUGGUGAACAGAGUCUCCCGCAGGAUGAUCAGGGCUGGCCCCCUGUGAAUGCCACCGCUCGGCCUUGGAGAUCUGCUCCUCCCUCUCCUCCUCCUCCUGGAACCCGACACACAGCCCUAGGGCCCCGUUCUGGCUCCCUGCUCUCCCUGCAGACUGAGCUCCUUCUGGACCUAGUGGCCGAAGCCCAGUCCCGCCGCCUAGAGGAACAGAGGGCCACCUUCCACACCCCCGAGGCCCCACCAAACCUAGCCUCAGCCCCAACCCCACCCCGGCUUCUUGAAGACAAAGAACAGCUCUACAGCACCAUCCUUAGUCACCAGUGCCAGCGGAUUGAAGCCCAACGGUCUGACCCGCCCCUUCCCCCCGGGGGGCAAGAGCUUCUGGAGUUGCUGCUGAGAGUUCAGGGUGGAGGUCGAAUGGAGGAGCAACGAUCCCGGCCUCCUACACACACCUGCUGAGACCGGAGCUCCUCACCAGUCCCUUCUCUCUGGGACUCAAAGCUGGGACACUCCCCGAAGGUCUUCAACCCUGUUUGGCAGGGGUACCAGAGAUGGAAGACCCGGCUAAAAUUGCAGUAUUUACCACCCACUUUCCCUGGGGACUGGACUUGGGACAAGUACUCUAACCAUGAAGAUAAGCAAGGUAGGGUGGACACAACUCCCGAGGACAGUUAAGAGUCUCUAUCCUGAGCUGUCAAGCUACUAAACGGUGGUGUGAGGGCUGCGGCCUGCCCCUGCCUAGUGAGAAAAAAAGGGAAGAGUAAGACAAUUGUCCAGCACUAGCAGUCUCAGGCCCCAAGGCAGAGGGGCCCAGAGGCGGUGAAGCGACUCUUACCCCGCCCCCACCCUGCUGCUGAGUCUGUCUGAUGUUUUGGUUGUAUGAAUAAACAUAAUUCCCCUCUGGA